GGAAUGUGGCGCCCAUCACCAGCGAAAAGCAUGUCAAUCAAUUACUAACUAAACGAAUGGCUCCUUGCGGCGUCCGCCAGUGCGUUUCUGCUGCUGCUGUUUAGCGCGACGCCUUUAUGUGUGCUCGGGAUCCUUUGCGUGACGGUUAAGUUCCUUCCUUCGCUGCCCGAUGCGCUUGUGAGGGGAAGAAAUUGGACACACCCAACUGUUUUAGCACGUUCUGCCUGCCUGCCUGUCUGUCUGUGUCCGGUGAUGGGAAGGAUGGGUUGGCGUGUGUAUGACGUGACGUGCUGUAAGGAUACGAACCAUGAUCAUCAUCCCCUGGCGAGAGCGUACGAUGGUUCGAGCAACAAGUCAUUAAGGCACGGGGGUCGGCUCCACAUUCGAUAAGGUGUGGGCGAAAAUCGAUGUAGUUGUGCUUGCGAGCGUGUUUGGCACCAUAUAAUACGCCCAGUUUAUCCGCCUAGUUCAGUUAUUUCUGCACCGCCAGCCAGUAAAGCACACGCGCACGGCAAUGGGCAACAAGGUGGUCACCUUUACCGACCAGCAGCUCGAGGACUAUCAGGAUUGUACGUUUUUUACGCGCAAAGAAAUCUUAAGAGUGCAUCAACGGUUCUACGAGGCCAGUCCCGAUCUGGUGCCGGUGAUAAUGACCGAGGGACAAGCGUCCACGAUACAGGUGCCAAGGGAACGUAUCGAACGGUUGCCGGAGCUAGUUGAAAACCCAUUCAAAGGACGUAUGUGUGAAGCAUUUUCGCGCGAUGGCGACGGUAAUCUUACGUUCGAGGACUUUCUCGACCUGCUGUCCGUGUUUAGCGAGCAGGCUCCGCGGGACAUUAAAGUGUACUACGCGUUCAAGAUCUACGAUUACGAUCGGGAUGGAUUCAUUGGCCAGUCGGAUUUGCUGAACGUGAUUACGGCUCUCACGCGGAACGAACUAUCGCUCGAGGAACAUCAACAGAUCGCGGAGAAGGUGAUCGAAGAGGCGGAUGUGGACGGGGACGGGAAGCUGUCCUAUUUGGAGUUUGAGCACGUGAUAACGAGAGCGCCGGAUUUUAUAUCGACGUUUCACAUUCGCAUCUAGGGCGUGAUAUUUUUGUUGUUGUUGCUUGAAGUGACCUUGAAUUAUUGAAUGAAAGAAUAAGGAAUUCAGCGAGGAAAUGCCUUAUUAAUCGUUGUAAAGCAUGAAAUUUGUAGCUCUCUUUUUGUUGAAAUAGUUUAUGAAAAGUAAUUGGGAUCAUCAACAUCAACUUCCAAUCAUCAAA